CAUUCAUGUCGAGCUUAACCAGUGCGUUCAACGAGAGAGAAAUUCUUUCAUUCAUUGUGCUUCCUUUAGAUGGAACCUACCAUCCAUCUCCAACUGCAGAGCCCAUCAAUUUUCUGAAACGGCAUCUACACCAUCUACCUCCACAUCUUCUAACCCAAUUUUCAUUUGUCACAACUCCGAAGCAACGCGCUGUCAUACCUACUGUACGGAAUAGGCGAUUGAAAUAUGCUGAAUCUAACCCUACCGAUCUCUCAUUCACUACUGCUCGGAGUACUUGGCCAACUCUCUGGGAAGGGAGAGAGGGGCGUGGCGUAGAGGAAGGAAAGGAGGAAAAGGAAUGGGCUCAGCAAGAAUUUUUGGAUGGUUUGACAAAGCAUGUUGGAAAGCUGGGUGAUCUACUUGGUGGGUAUGAGGAGGAAAGAGAAGCUGAGCGUGUCAGGAGCUUAAGGCGGGAGGAGGCAGGGAAGGAGGAAUUUAUUCCGGAAGAAGAUGAGAGCGAUAGCGACGAAGAUGAAUCAGAGCAAGUGUCAAACGCACUAGCCAACCUAGAAUUCGAGGCAGAAGAGGAUCAAAAGAUAUUGUUCCUGAGGAGAGUCAAAGAGCGAUUGAUCUAUGGCUUGCUAGAGAACAUGGAUUAUGACGCCGUUGAUUGGGAUGAAUCUCUAGAUACAGAAAAUGACAGAGAAGCUGAGGAACGGUGGUUCGACGACGAGGAAGAAGAUUAAGUAGCCUCAGUAUUCGUUAGUAGAAGACAUUAUACGUUUACGUAGUUCACGUUGCGGAAUAGAAUGGUC